UGUUUGUACUCACUUCUCUGCUACUAUCCAUCCGGCCGGCUUCUCUUCUGCUGUGGACUCCGCCUCGUCCCCCUCCCCAAACCGUCUGCCGGCGAUUCACCAACUCACUGAGUCAUGGGCGGCGAUCUACGGUUCGAGAUCUCACAAAAUGCCUACAUAAAGCUGGUUCUUCAUGCCCUAAAGCACCGGACCUCCGCCGUCAACGGAGUUCUCCUUGGUCGCAUCUCCGGCCCUAAUGAUGUCGUCGAAAUUGCUGAUUCCGUCCCUCUAUUCCACUCCAACAUUGGCCUCCUCCCUCAGCUCGAGAUUUCUCUCCUUCUGAUAGAAGAAUAUUAUGCGGCGGCCAAGGGAUUGAACAUCGUGGGAUAUUUUCAUGCCAAUGAGCGGUUUGAUGACUAUGAAGUCAGCGGUGUAGCCAAGAAUAUUGGUGAUCAUAUUUCCAGAUUUUUUCCACAUGCUGCUCUUCUUUUGUUAGAUCACAGAAAACUUGAAGCUUUGCCAAAGAGAAAGGAUAGGAGCCCUGUAAUGGAGCUAUACACGAGGGAAACUGCCAAGAAUUGGAAGCUGGUUGGAUCGGAUGGAAGCAGCCAGCUAACGAUCAAGGAACCGUCAGCAAAUGUGGUUCUCUUGGAUUUCAUAUCGUCCGAAAAAUGGCAAGCUGUGAUGGACUUUGACGAUCACCUCGACGACAUUAGCAAGGAUUGGUUGAACCCGGAACUCUUCAAGUAAAUCUUUUGCCAGAAUUGUAAGGCUUGAUUGCUCUUAGAAGGAUUAGUUGGAUACUAGGCCUUGUGCUUUUUAUGGUUUGAGAAUAUUGUUAGAUCUACUGUUAAUUUAUUAAUCGUCGAAUUUUAUUUUGUUAGACCUCGAUUACUCGCCUUUGAUUCGAGAUACCGAGUAGAAGUUUGUGGCUUUGGAAUUGAAAAGUGAAGCCUUAAUUUUCAUUGUUUUAAUUCAGGGGUGGAUAUUUAAGGAGUUGUUUGAAUGUGUACAUUAGCAUGAUUUGAAAUUCUUUAGUUGAGAAGUCGCUUUGUUUGA